CUUUUCUUCAUGAUGAUUGGAUGAUCUCGCUGAGGCUGAAUCCUUAUUGAUUGACAGCGAAUGAGCCAAUGAUCUUACGGUGAAGGCAUCCUUUCAUUUUUUUUUUUUGGAAAAGGAACGGAGAGUAGAAUUCACGUAUAAAUAAACGGACGCAUUUUAUGAUGUAGGCCUAAAUUGAGCUUCCCCUCCUUGACAGAUCGGUGAUAUUUUGCAUUCCAGAAGGAGGCGAAGGGGACUUUAGAGUCGCCAACAUGUCGAGCAAAAGGGCCAAGGGCAAGAACACUAAGAAGCGCCCUCAGCGCGCCACCUCCAACGUGUUUGCAAUGUUCGACCAGUCCCAGAUCCAGGAGUUCAAGGAGGCCUUCAACAUGAUUGACCAAAACAGGGACGGCUUCAUCGACAAGGAGGACCUGCACGACAUGUUGGCCUCUCUAGGUAAAAACCCCACUGAUGACUACCUAGAGGCCAUGAUGAACGAAGCCCCGGGUCCGAUCAACUUCACAAUGUUCCUCACCAUGUUCGGGGAGAAGCUGAACGGCACCGACCCCGAGGACGUCAUCCGAAAUGCCUUUGCCUGCUUUGACGAAGAAGGCACAGGAAUGAUCCAGGACGAACAGCUCCGUGAGCUGUUGACCACCAUGGGCGACAGGUUCACGGACGAGGAAGUGGAUGAGCUCUUCCGGGAGGCGCCCAUCGACAAGAAGGGCAACUUCAACUACAUGGUGUUCACGCGUAUCCUCAAGCACGGCGCCAAGGACAAGGACAAUUAGCCACUGACCCGACCCACCACCGGAGGAGUGCAAAUUAUCGUUGUGUGUUUUGUGUAGCCCGCCGUAAGGCUGUCAUGUAGCUGCUUCCUGCUCAUUUGCACAUCACUAAGAGUAUGUGUUCAAGUAUUAAAAAUUUAUGUACCGGUAAUGUAUCUGUUAAAGACGAUGCAUGUGUUA